AUGAUCAUGCGCUCCUUCUUCCACUGGGAGACGCUGAGCCCCACGUCUGCAGGCUGGCGAGCGGCCAUUGCUCUGUCUCUCAAGAUCCUGAUCUAUCCGGUAGUCUUCUUCUCUUUAAAGAGGCUUCAGCCACUGCUCCCCGUGAAGACAGAUCCCCACUACGAGCAUCCAGACCUCAAAGGGACCGUCGGACAGUCCCCCAGAAGCAGCGGUGAGACUCCAGCUGCCCUUCCUGCAGGGUGUCCUUCUCCCGCCCCGAGUCCGCCUUCAGCCUCUCCUGAUCCUUGGCCUUCUUCCCACCUCUUUGGAGAGGACCGGCAGGCACCUUGCAGCCAGAGGCGGGCAGGGUGCAGCCACAGUCUCAAGCAGACCCACGGGCAACACGCAGGGUCGGACAAGCCCCACUGGGAGCAGAGGGCCCUGGGCUGGUCGUGCUGCGUCGGCCCCCCGGGCCCACAUCCCGCAGCCUCUGUCCGCCCGCCUGGGCUCCCAGGGGGCAAAAGCCCGUGGUCACUACCUCCUGCGCCCCCGGCCUCCCGUCAAGGACAGUCACUGGAGGCCGGGCCAGAGAGUGAGGUCUGUGCUGCCGACCCCGGGGUGGUGGCCCGGCUCCGUCACUCCAGAGCCCCCUCUGGCUCCAGCUCUCUCGCCUGCCUCAGACAAUGCCCCUGCCUCCCCGGCCUCCCAGCUGCUGGUACGAGGGGCCUGGACGCCCACUGGUUACCUGAGCUGACUUCCGUGUCCACGAGCAGCCCCGUCAUUAAACUUGGCGGUCAAGCGCUUGUGAGCCGGACUCUUCUGCAGAGACUGACUGACAAACCUUUGGAGUUAGAGUGGCUGCAGCCCUCUUCCUAUUAG